GGUUACUCAGUAUCGAUCUGGCCUACGAAGGUCUUUGAGCUGUUUUUCUUCUUGCCUAUCUCUAGCACCCCAGACUCGGGGCACAAGUACUACCUGCAGUUCACUACUGAAGACUACCAACGUGGGGAGAACGCCGGGAGCUGCCUUGCAACAGUGCUGUACCCAAAGACAAAGGCUCCGCCCGCGGUCACUAUCAAGUGCACGGAUGCCAAAGACCAGAAGCAAAUCCAAGAAGAGGACAAUAGACUUUACCAAAAACUUAGGCACCAAACCAAACCAAUAACCGCACACAACAUUCCAGACAGCUAUGGCAACAUUGACCCUGCCCUGGAGCCCGUGUGGGCCCUGGCUGUGGCUGGCAGCAGUUAUAUCAUGUGGGAAAAGUCGACGGAGAACUUGGGUUACUUCAUGGCACAGGUCAAGUCUGCGAAGCAGUGGAUAAGGAAGGAUGAUUUUAUCGAGUUUGACUACACUGUCCUCCUCCAUGAAGUUCCAACGCAGGAAAUUAUUUCAUGUCACAUGCGCCUCACUUGGCUUCCUGGUCACCCUCUGAAAGUGAAAUACUUCUGUGCUUUGGAGAAUCAGGGGCUGGAAGAUGGCUCUGGAGCGGAAUCGGGAUCAGCCGCCGGGAUUUUACACGGAAGGGGAGCAAAUUUUUAA